UGAUUGCUACAGAAAUCAGUUAGGCAAUCUCCUCCUAGGGGCUCAGAGCCCACUCCGGAUGUGAGCCGGGUGCUGGCCGCCAGUGCUGCCGACAUGGCCAAUAGGACCAACUCCUCCGCAGCCUACUAUAGCUACGAAUACUACCUGGACUACCUGGACCUCAUUCCUGUGGAUGAGAAGAGGCUGAAAGCCAACAAACACCUGAUCGUCAUUGCCUUCUGGGUGAGCCUGGCUGCCUUCGUGGUGCUCCUCUUUCUUAUCUUACUCUGCAUUUCCUGGUCAGGCUCCCUGCAGAGGAGGAAUAGUCCCCAGCCCCACCCAACAUGCCCAUGGAGCUACGGCCUUCUCCUCUGUAUUCGAAGGCACCUGGAGCGUCACAGGGCCACCCGGGGGGACUUGCAGACUCCACAGAGCUCAGUGGAGGAGCCAGGAAGCAGAGCUGGCCCCAAGCAGCAGCCACAGCGGGAGAGCUCCUCUGCCAUGGCCCCCUAAACCCACCUUGCUCUUCUCCGGGAACUGGUCCCUGAAGGGGGUCCCCAUGGCACCAGCUGAUCUCAAGAGCAAGCCCAGCAAGCCUCCCCUGGACAACCUGCGGACUGUAGGUCUGACACCAGCAAACCAUGGCCAUAGCUGAGUCAACUGGUGAGAUCAAACCAACCUGGACACACAAGAUGUCUCUUUCGAGCCUGUUUACAUGUAGAAGGUGCAACUGGGCCAAGAAUGCCUAGAUAAGGCGUGUCAUUUGCAUUUGUGAAAGGUUUGCAAAUGGCCCCUCUAGCCUACAAAUGUCAGAUAUUGCUGAUUUUACUUAGCACACCAAGCCUGCCCUUUCACUGCUUAUGUCUACUUUGGGAAGGGUAGGCUAAUAAAAUACGU